AUGGCUGGUAGCGGCAGAAUUUGGAGUAAAUGGAGACGAGCUGCUUGUAUACAAGCUGUUAGAUCCAAUAAUUUAGAUCCUACAUGGGAGCCUAAAAAUCAUAGAAUUUGCAAUCAACAUUUCAUUGGAAAUUUAAAGUCUGAAGAUCCACGUAGUCCCAGUUUUAAUCCAACUUUAUUUCCUAGAUUUAAGAAAAUAUCUAUUCUUCCUGAGGCAGCAAUUGAACGAUAUAAUCGUUUGAUAAACAGAAAUAAAACACGCAAUCAUUCGACUGCAGCACAAAUUACGAAUGAAAGCCAGAUAAAAACAUUAAGUGAAAUAGAUUUGGAUUUGAACACUGACAAUGUUGAACAUGUACCAAUACCUGUAGCCGAUGAUACUUCUAUUUUAAAGAAAGAUGUCAUGACUCAAGUAGAACCUGAAGAAUUACUCAGUGAUGAAAGUAGCAGUGCAGUGACUCAUAACAUUAUUUUGUGCAAUUUAAAGUCAACAGUUAUCGAUGGUAAAAUUAAUUGUGAGGCACAGACCCAGUGUUCAGAAUCGACUGAUAGCAGUUCUAAAAGUGAUGCCAAAAUAACAGAAAAAUCAAUUGAUAGUUUUUUAGAACUAUUUGAUGUAUUUGGCAUCAGAGGUUUCAAAGGUUAUGACGGUUUAAAUGAAGAAAGCCUAGAAUACAUAACUGGGGUCAGUCUAGGUGUUUUUAAAUUGCUUCUGAAAGUGAUAUUGAAAUGUAAACGUGGUCGCUUUUUUGACAACAAUAAGAAGUGUAUAAGCCAAGAAAAUAAGCUUCUUAUCUUUCUUGUGAAAAUGAAAACAGGAAUGACAUUUUCUGCAAUAAGUUCUUUCUUCGGUAUACAUAGAACAACUGCGUCCACAAUAUUUUAUAAGCUUUUAGAAUUCUUAGUAAUUGCAUGCAAGGAGUUUGUACCUUGGCCAACACAAGAUGAAGUGCGAGGAACUACACCAGACUGUUUUAAACCUGAUUAUAGUAAUUGCAGGAUAAUAAUUGAUGCUACAGAAUUCAGGAUAGAGCAACCACCACAUAUAGAUCAACAAAUUCAAACCUGGUCUCAUUACAAAAGUGGAUACAAAAUAAAGUAUGUAAUUGGAUGUAUGCUAGGUGGAUUAAUAACAUUUAUGAGUGAUGGCUAUGGAGGCAGAGCUAGUGAUGUUCAAAUUACUGCUGCAUCUAAACUUAUGCAAUUAUUAGAAAGUGUUAUGCCACCAUUUGUUCAAAAUCAUCAUCUGGAUGAAGUUCAAAGAGAAGAGCAGAGGAACAUUGCUAGAGUAAGGAUACACAUAGAAAGGAUCAUGCAGCGAAUACGUUUAUACAAAGUAGUUGACCAUUUCACAAAUAAAAUGUUACCUCAUGCUGAUAGUAUAGUAUUUAUGUGUUGUGUUCUAGUGAACUUACAACCUCCAAUAAUAAAAGCAGAAUUUUAUAAUCAAUUGUACUAA